AUGGUAGAGUAUAUGUGCUGUUCAGACUUGACCGUGUCAGGUCAGGCUAUUAAUUUCAUAAGUUUCGCAAUGCCAAAAUUAUCCUGUCAUCUAAAUAACAAUCUAGCUAAUAAAUUACGUCAACAUUUCACUCAUCAAUUUUCGUAUAGUUUAAAGAAACCUAUACCUAAUUUAUAUUCAAGAUAUCUAUAUCAGUACAAAUUAAAAAAACAAAAUAAACUAUUAACCGCUGCAGCUAUUGAUGCAUGUAAUUUAAAACCUGGUGAUGAUGUAUUAGAAAUUGGAUUUGGACAAGGUUAUGGUAUUAAAUUAGCUGCUGAAUGCGUUGCUCCUGUAACAAUGAACCAUUGGAAAUCUUCACGAAUUAAAUUUAUACUAGAAAAUGCUUUUUCAACAUCAACUAAUAAAUCCAAUACAUUUAAAAAUGAUGGUCAUGUUUAUGGUGUUGAAAUUUCUGAAUAUAUGCUACAAAAAGCAAAAAGGAUUCCAUGUGGGGGCUUGUCUUGUGACGCAGUUCGGUGCUUUCCUCAAUGUGUGUCCUAUCCACUUCCAGCGCUUCUUCCUGAUUUCUUCCUCCACUGGGAUCUGGUUUGUUCUCUCCCACAGAAACUAUGGCCUCUUACUAAAACUGAUUGCAUUGACUUACAAUUAAGAAGUGUAGAUCAUCUGCAUUAUCCACCUUCCUCAAUCAAUGCUUGUUUUCAUGUGAAUUGUUUUUACUUCUGGCCUUCGUUAACGUGUUGCUUACAAAAAAUUUGGAGAGUUCUACGUCCUAAUGGACGUCUUGUAACUACUUUUCAAAUAAAUCAAUUAACUGAUUUACAUCAACGUGGAUGGUUUCAGUAUGGUAAUCCUGAUCCCUUAAUUUAUGUGAUGGCAUUAGAAACAUGUGGAUUUAAUCAAAUUGAAUGGUUAAAACAACAAACAAAAUUCGAUUUCAAUGAAACAUAUGACUGUAUUAUCGCUCACAAACCACCCAUUCCAUUAUUAAGUGCUUCAAUCUCUUAGUAUGUAUAUUUCCUCACACUUUUCAUGUUACUUUUUUUUUCAUAUCAUAAUUUAUACAUUAUGUAUAUACAUAUAUAGGCUUAAGUUUUUUCCUUUUUGAUAAUAAGGACUGGAUUUCAUAAUUCUUCACUAGUGCAUGUAUCACUCUGAACAGAUCGCUUCAGUAUUGCCAUUUAGUUCCAAGUUUUUCUAUAGUUAAAUAGCGGCUAGGAAUGAAAUCCAAAAGGUUUAUUUCGUUUUCUUUGGGAAUCAUAGGUGUUAGUUAUGUCCAUAACUAAGCAAUUAAAUCGUUGUUUAAGCGACCACCACAUCGAUCUGGUCUGAUGUGUCUGUAAACUGCCCUGUUUCAUGUGACCUACCAAUUGAAAGACAUUAUUAUCCUAUUAUAUUAAUGUGACUCAUAAUUUUACUCACUUCGGUAAAACGCG